AUCUUGAUCAGAGCAUCAAGAACCAUUGGGCCACAACUACAUGAAAAAGGACAAAACAAGACGGAGACGGCGGUGAGGCAGUUCACCUGAAGAGCAGACAUGGUGUUUCUGACGUUGUCUUGUUGGAUCAGAAGUCGUGGACCCGACAGAUACUGGAAAGUUCAAGAAGUUCUCAAACAUGCACGGCACUUCAGAGGCAGGAAGAACCGCUGCUACAGACUGGCCGUGAAGGCGGUCAGGAGAGCUUUCGUCUACGCCACCGCAGGCAGGAGGCUCAAGAAGCGAAACAUGAGGACGCUCUGGAUCACACGCAUUGCAGCAGCAUCAAGAGAGCACGGCAUGAAGUAUCCCGUCCUUAUGCACAACCUCACCAAGUCCAGCGUUCAGCUCAAUCGACGUGUGAUCAGCGAUCUGGCCGUCACAGAGCCUCGGUCAUUCCUCUCACUUGCAAAGCUGGCGAGGGCUCGGCAACAGGAAGGUUUCUGCGCAGCGCUGGGCGACGGCAAAGAGCCUUCUGGUGUCUUCUCCCGCGUUGUUGUGCUACAGUGAAGGACUCGCUGCGGUUACAGAUUUCCAGUUGUCAUGUGGUUUAAAUAACGGUGGUCUUGGAUUGUGGAGAUGUCGGUGAAACAGUCAGGCACACACUCACCUCCCUGCUUUCCAGUUUUUGCUUCAUCUAAGUAUUUUUAAUUUGUGAUAAAGUGUCGACUGAUGUCUUUUCAGAGAGGACAACAUGACACGAUGCACUGCCUCACCGACAUCUUUUUGCCUGCAGCAUGUACACACAAGUCGACAUGGAGUCUCACAGGGGUGAGCGCGACACUGGUGUAAAUUCUCCUUGUUGGGUAGAUUUUAAACAGAGUGACCGACAGAGCAAUGUCCCUGAAGAAUGGGAUGCCAUCUCUUGCUCGAGGACACUCCAGCAGGGCAGAUGAUACUGUUGCGGUAGCUUGAUCCCUGGCCUUGAAGGAGAGUUUCUCUACUAACUCUGCUUCUCUAUUAUGUUGUCCAAAAUGAGUGCCUCCAUUAAAGACAGAUUUGACAAAUGUACAUGCCUUGUCCUGCUAUUGGCAACUCCGAAAUAUUUCUGUAAAUUGUUUCCAGAUUUCCCAUUUCAAGUUUUGAGAAGAUUGAAUAAUAUUUUUGAAAUUAUGCACUUAUGUCUUUACAAGGACAUAAUCAUAAUCCAAGAUGGGACCUGACAUUAAGCCGCAUAGCAGCUGUUUGUCCGCAGACGGCCCUGCUUCUGCUCCACUCACUGAUUUCAGCCCAACAUUUCGAUCAUGUGUGCCAGACUUUUCCGGCUACAGUGUUUUCCUGCAAAAUACUCCACUACAGCCGUCCCGAUUACCUCCAGUAUCACGAUAGAGGAUGUGAUUAUCAGUCUCCACAAACCUCCUUGUGUUUGCAUAUUAAACCUUUUGUUAAGUUAUGAAUUGAUGCUGAUUGUGAUGUUUUUUUGGAGGUUGGGGAGAAGAGUGACCUAAAGUUUUUUCCUGUGAUGACUUUUUCACUCUGUGUAAAUAUAUAUUUUACCAUUUGAUGUGGUGAGGUUGUCCUCUAAGUUCAUUAAAUGUUUUGAUAUAUGA